AUGAACUCAACUUUUCUACUUCAAACAAACCACGACGUAGCAAUGAUUGAAUACGGUGUCGCCUAUUUUUUGAUUGCAUUCCCAUUAAUUCCUUUGUUUUUUGUAAUAAUGAAGGCGAUACAACUAAAAUGUCGUGAGAGUCCAAACAUAACUUAUAUUUUGAUGAAUAUGGUAAACUUUUGUCAACUUGGCCAAGCUUUUUCUCAUUUGAUAAGCGGACCAAUGCUCAUUUUACCUCAACUACUAAUCAAACUGGAUGUUAUUGUCAGAAUAAUUGGAUGUGUAAUGAACAGCCUGUGGAUAGCUGACUUCCCUCUGAUGACUCUUCUUGCCGUUACUCGUAUUCUCAUAUUCUCAAAUGUUAUUGGUUCAAAUCAGUUUCCUAUUUUGAUAAAACUCAUAUUGUGUUCUAUUAUUACAUGGGCAUUAUUUCUGAUUAUUGCUGGAUCGUUUACUCAGAAUUUUCUCCUUGUGACUCCUGGUUGGGACUACGAUUUUACUGUUUCAAAUGCAGAGACUUUUGCAACUUUGGAAGUUAUUAUCAGCUUCGCAUGUCUUUCUAUGUCCUAUGUUUCAUAUAUUUCGAUGGUUUAUUUGAUUUAUGCGAAAAAGAAUACGGUAGGGUGUGUUCACUCGAGAAAGAAUGAAAUUUCGAUUCUGCUCCAGUCAACAUUUGUAACUACUUACAUAACUAUAAUGAUAUUUAUUUGGCACCAAUCAUUAUUCUCAAUGGUUUCCUUCAUAGAUAUGGACAAUCAAAGGAAUCAAGCUAUUCUAAACUGUUGUCUCAUUCUUCAUUGUUAUGUCAACCCGAUACUCACAUUGGUUUGCAACAAAUCUAUUCGAAAUGAACUCUUGAAAUUACUGGGAAUCCGAAAGGGAAAACCUUAUAACAAUGGUGUUGUAUCUAAGCUAUCUUCUAUUCAUCCAACUGAAACAAGCCCGAAUUAA